AAUUUAAAUAACUCAUACUAAUAACGGUGUACAAAUUUUGUAGAAAUGUGUAGGUGCCAUUGAUGGUACUCAUGUAGCAGCCUCAGCACCCGCUUCCAAACAAAAGACGUUUCGCGGUAGACAUUCAACGGUCACUCAAAAUGUCAUGGCAGCUUGUAGUCAUGACAUGUUGUUUACGUACGUAUACGCGGGUUGGGAGGGAACGUGCAAUGACUCUCGAGUAUUUUUAGAUGCAAUUACAAGAAGCGAAAACGGGUUGCCCAUGCCUCCUAUCGGUUAUUACUAUGUGGUUGAUGCUGGCUAUCCAAAUGUUCCGGGGUUUUUAGCCCCAUACCGUGGAGAGAGUUAUCACUUAAAGGAUUUUCGAGGCAGAGGACGAAUCCGCAAUAAGCAAGCUUUAUUUAACUACCGACACUCGUCCUUGCGUAAUGUCAUCGAGAGGUGUUUCGGAGUACUGAAGGAAAGAUUUCCCAUUCUAGACAUGUCACGUGGUUACCCAGUGAGAAGACAAGUUCAAAUUCUCAUAGCUUGUUGCGCAUUGCAUAACUUCAUUCGCAUGCAAGACAGAAACGAUGAUUUGUUUUUGGAGUACGAGGAAGAUGAUAUUAUAUUUAACACGGAGGCAAGUACAAGUGAAAAUGGAUCACUUGAAUUUGAUAUGUCUCAACAGCAACAAAUGCACGAAAUUCGAGAAAGUAUUGCAAAUGCAAUAUGGGAUGAUUAUAAUGUUUGAGAUGUCCACGUACAACUUGUUCUGAUUAACAUGUCACUUAUUGAACUUUCAAUGUUGGGGA